UAUGCGUCAAUAUUUACCAAACGUUUGCCAGUCUUCGAGGAAAGUUUCGGGUCCGCCGUCUCAAGAGAUGAAUGGGACAAUUCCACAACAAAUUUCAAUAGAACCAAGGUCUUCCAGAGGAACACAUUUGAAACAACAGCAAUAUAUAUCCACAACGUCAGAUAGACAAGUGUCCACAUCCCGAUCUAGCGAGACGGCAAAUGCAACUUCGUUUCGAAAGCAGAACAGUCAAGUUCACGAAAACUUUCGGCUCUCACAAAAAACCGCCGUAACCUCAUCCAUGAAUUUCAUCCCACCAAACAAAGACGGAAUACCUCUUAUAUCAAAGCCGUCAGGUGACUCUCAACACUCCAUUCCACAUUUUAAGACAACACAACCAAUGCUAGAAUACACAGUUUUAGAGACGAGAAUACCAGCGAAGAAGAGCGGUCUGAAGUGCAAAGAAAACUUCUACUUGAAGGAUACACUGGAUGUUUCAACCUCAUUUACAUCAAUCAUCGCAAAUGAUUCUUCCACACCUCAGUCCAAUGUAAUCAAAUCAGGAACUUUAAAAGAUACGUUCUCAGUUGGCCAAGCAAAACCCGAAACAGGCCAAGGUGGCGGGAAACAUGCACCUGCACCCAAACUUGUCAACGAGCAGACACCUGAUCAACCUGAUUCCUCAUCCCUUGUCAUCUCCGACUCUCCAUCUUCUGGGAAAGAAGUUGUACAGUUUCUUCGAAGAACAAUCGAUCGCUCAAGGCAAAAACACAGAUGCAGUACCUGUAGCAGCACGUUUAAUACGGAGAGAGCAUACACAAGACAUAUGACCAGUGAACACAACCAGAAGAAGACCCAUAUCUGCAGUUUUUGUGAUAAGGGGUUCCAGGACAAGUUCGACCUAAAACGGCACUACCGCACUCACACAGGUGUAAGGCCUUACAAGUGCAACAUCUGUCCACGCACCUUCACCCAACGUUGCUCUCUGGAGACACACAUCAGCAAGGUCCAUGGAAUGCCACUGACCUUCGGCUUCAAGGAGCGACGAAAGAAGAUUUACGUGUGCGAGGACUGUGGGAAUUCUGCCAAGGACGCGUAUGACCAUUACCUUCACAUGUGGAUCUCACACUCGCGCCUGAUGAUGCCCAAACGUCUUCGACAUAAAGUGAUGCACAAGAUCAAGAAGAGCAGUCAAGAUGGUGGUGUUAAAAGCGAGGAGCAACUUUUGGCUGACGAUAUGGUUGUCACCCAGGCGAUUCGUUGUCUUCGAGAUCUCGUACAGUCUCCGGGUUAG